UUUUUCACAGUCCACGCCCUUCACUCUAUGCCUCAGAAAAAGUGAGGUGGUAUCCCCUUCCAAGUCACAUAAAUUGCUUGAUUUAAAUGCUUAUCUAGAGCAUAUCAAUACAUUUCCUAACAUAAAUUCCAAAGCCAAAACCACAUAAAACCUAAAAAGAGGGAAAAAAAAAAGGUUAAAAAGAAAAAAGGAAAGAAAGAUACUUCUCUGCUCUUUCUUCCCUCUUCUCCGCCAAAGAAAAUGCAAUCCUUAAACCUCCAUGGAAGCUAUGGUCUUCCCCUCUGUGUUUCAGGGAUCACUCAUCGUCACACCGUCUCUGAUGAGAUGGCAGAUCAUGACAGAAGAAGGGAGGCCAUGAAAAGGAAAAUAUCUCAAGCUAGAGAGAGCGUGCACACAAAUCAAGAAAUGGGUAUUGGGAGAAACUAUGGAAGAGAGGUUGAACAGAUCAAAGAAGGUGAGGUUGAUGAAGAUCAUGAUCAUUACCGCCCUUGUUUGGCUUGCACAGCUAAAGCUGCAUAGUUUUCUUCCUGAAUCAAAAUUGUUGCAAGACCUUCCCUUCUGGGAUUCCUUGAGUUACAUCUCUUUAUCAAUUUAUGUAUGGAUUCAUCCCCUGUUGGGCUCUUCAUUUCUAUGAUCUUGGUUUUGGUGUGUUCUUCUUCUA